ACACUAACAGAGGGGAGAGAAAGAGCAAUGACAAUGGGUGCAUAUAAAUCAUUACUGGAAGUGGUUGUGAUCCUAUUGGCUCUACUCUCAGAUGUCAAUGGAAACAGUCAAUACUCCAGAGUGGGAGAUAACGUCAUUCUGCCAUGUAGAAAUGUGGUCAAUCCAGGAAACUGUACCUCAACUACAUGGAACUUUAACAGAGCUGGAAGUCAGAAGACAAUUGAAGAGGUCAAAUUGGGAACCAUCAAUAAAGGAAAUCAUCCUUACAGAUCUGAUAGACUCAGUUUGGGGUCUGACUGUUCUCUACAUGUUAGUGAUGUCAAAGCUGAGGAUGCUGGAACCUACACCUGUCAACAAUACCUUAGAGAGAAUGGACCACAACAAGGAGUGGGUGAAACUGUGUAUUUGUCUCUUCUAAAUAUGUCCUCAUCCACACCAGUGACACAUUUAAAGCCUGAUGAACCAGUAACAUUAAGGUGCUUUCUUCACACGUAUGAUGGGAAAUGUAACUCACACCUUAUUAGCGAUGUUAUUGUGAACUUGUAUGAGAUUGGUACUGAUCUAGAGAAAGACUUCAGACUGAACAUUACAAACCACCCACGUUGUGAAAUCACUCUGAAUGUUACACCGCAGAGGGAGUACAACAACAGGAAGUGGAAGUGUCAGCUGACUAUAAAGGAACAAGAGAAGACCUCUAUUGACUUACCGGACACAUUCUCAGGUUCCCCUUCACAAAAUCAGAUUCCCAUGGGUGUGGGAGUGGCUGUAGGAGUGUUUGUGGCAGUGACUGUGGCAAUGUUUGUCAUUGCUUUUGUCAUCAUAGCACACAAAAGGACAACCAUGAAUCAAAUGACAGCUGAUGUCAGCCUUGUGAAUAACAUAGACCUGGGUCUGAAUGAAGUAAAUGGUUCCACCCCACCAGCAAAGGAAGACAGGAAUCAACCUGCUGAAAGUAUCACCUAUGGUAUCACCUAUGCCACCAUCAGCCACUUCAACCAAAAUUCCCCUCAGAGAGUUAAUGCCCAUGGUGAGGAUUCAGUGACCUAUGCCUCAGUUAUGACCUCUACUGAAAGAGGAAGAGAAACAGAGAACCCUGCUGACCCCAACUCCCUCUAUUCUACUGUCAAUAAACAUCAGGAAUAAAAACAAUAACAUAAGGACAAAACUCCCUGAUUCACACUCAGUGUAAUAUCAGUGCCAAAAAUCACCUUUUGUGUAUGCUGACCAACUGUUAAAUUAGAUUCAAAGAACAGGUGUUUUGGUAACUAGAAUACGAGCAGAGAUCAAUCGGUCAACAUUAAGAGAUGUAGACAAAUAAUUGCUUCGUAAAAUCUGGUUUGAAUCCAAAUAUGUUUUGCUUGUCAGUCUUCAAUAUGACAUCUUAAAUUAAGUAUUUCAUGAAUCUCUCCAGUGACGGUUUCUUAUACUGCUCUGGAAAAAAUUAAGAGACCACUGCACCUUUUUCUUUCCUUUCCAAAAAAGUUGAAA